AUGACUGAUAGAAACUGUUCAAGCUCAUCUCUCGUCACGGUGACGUUGAAUGGUGCAAGCCCUAGCGGCCCUGAUAAAAUCGUCAGACAAUCUACCAGAGCUAUCGAUUUGCAUUCACGGUAUUCUGAGACCGUGCGCGGGAACGAGGACAUGGCGCUAGUGUACCUCCAAAAACACCCAUCGACUGCAGGGACCUACGGACCAGAAGUCGCUCGUUUACCUCCAACGCCGGGUAACAAAGUGCCGCCUUUCUUCGUUCCCAAUAAAACUCCCAUCUCAGACAUGGAACUGGAGAGUGCGGUGUGUGUAGCGACAGGCUGGGGAUUGACGAGGCGUAAGUAA